AUGGCGGAAGGAGUGGCAGUUCUCAGUGUUCCGCCCAACCUAAAUGAUCCGGAAGAGAAGCAGUCCUGGCGCACUGCCUCCGAGGCCGCGGAGAAAUUCAGCUCCCUUUUCUAUCGCAGUCUGGACAAACCGGGACGUUCUGAUCUGCCUGGCUUUUACACAGAGAAUGCCAUUCUCCUGUGGAAUGGCAACCGCGUGGAAUCACGCCAGGAGGUGGUCGCCUACUGGACAAAAUUGCCGCGCAGUCAGACCACUCUGCAUACCCUAUCCGCGCAACCAAUACAGAAAGCCAUAAGCGGCGGCUCCAGCCUCGUUAUGGUAAAUGUAUUCGGAAGCAUCAAGUUUGACGGAAAUCCCUCCAAGACCUUCUCCGAGACAUUUUUCCUAAUUCAGGACAAUAGUCUCUGGCGGGUGCAGUCAGACACCUUCAGAUUCAUCGAAUGA